ACUGUCAUAUACUAAAUUUAGAAUGUCUUAACAAAAGCAGUUGCUCAGAUACAGCAUAAGGUACGUUGCUCAGUAUAGCCAGUGAGAGUUUAAAUUUAGAAAAACAGCUUGAUAUCUGGUUAAAUAAAGAUACUAAAAGGGUUUUUUACCUAAUCGUAUAAUCAGCGUAUUUCGCAUCGGCAGUUUGUUUAUACAACCCUCAUGAUUUUGACUAUGCGACUUAUAGAUAUGAAAACUAUUAAAACAGCAAGGAAAUUGCAUAUUGCUAUAAAAGUAUUUUUCAAGUUACGCCAUAGCAUCUUAGAUUCGCCCGGAUACCAGCAGAACAUGCUGCCGAAAUUAUCUGCACAAAUUUUUCUGAUUGGCGAUAACGCCUGGUUACUUGUUGCGCAAACUUGGAUCUGUUUACCCUAUUCAUCAGUUAAAACAUAUAUUUAUAAUAUUAAAUCUUAACAUUCUAUGAAAAUGAGUGUUUCAUUAAUGGUAACUACUACGUCACUGGCGUCACUUGCCGUUUUACUUGAUGUUAUUGCUUUAUCCACAACAAGCUGGUUAACCACAUCCCGAAUGAUGUUGGGAAUAACCAUAGUUACCACCAGCGGACUCUUUCAAGAAUGCAGGAUGUCUAAAUGCCAUACGUUAGUAUUCUCCGACGGAAGGGGGAGAGCAGAAGAUCUGGCAGCAGCUUCUCUUAUUUUGCCUCUAUUUAUAUUGGGUGUUGGAAUUUUUUUUGUAAUAGGAAAUGAAUUUCGAAAUGUUAAUCAUGGCUUCACCGGUGGCGUACUUUUUUCAACCGCAGGACUUUUUGGAUUGAUCGGGGUUUCGGUAUAUAGUGGACUAAAAAAGCAAGUAUUCGUUCCGGGACACACAUCAUCAUUUGGAUACAGUUUUGUAUUGGCAUGUGGAUUCGUGGUAUUGUGCUUGUUAAGUUCAAUGCUGGCUUUCAUAGGAAUGACUAGACCAGACACAAAUGCUGUCAGGUUGAGAAUACUUACUUGACUCGUAAUAACUGUUUUCAGCAGAAUAUUUUGCGCGUACACUAUCGCGAAAUUGUGACAGGCAAGAGAGUCGAUUGCCGAGGAAUGUGAGAAUCACUAUUGUAAUUGAAGACAACAUACAUACAAAAAUGAAAACUUAAAUAUGAUUCGGCUCGGGAGAAUAAAAAGUAAAAAAAGCACAUAUUUGAUGAGUACUUC